AUUUGAGUUUUACACCUUUAGCUUAGCAACAUGCUAACAUAAAAACUGGGUGGGACAAAAGAAAUGUCAGUUUUAAAGUUAAAUAUCAUUUGAGUACACAGAAAAAAAUGUACAAAAUAUUUAGCCAACAUUUAUAAGUUCUGUCUAUUUCAUUCUAUGGAUAUCUCACCAUUAGCUUAACAACAUGCUAAUAUAAAACUUAAGGGAAAGAGGGUAACUUUAGGGUUAUAUUUUUUAUAAAAUUCACAAAACAUAUCAUAUCAGACAACAUUUAGUGACUUCUGUGUAUUUGUAAUCAUUUUAAAGUAUCAUGCUGUUAGCUUAGCAUUAUGCUAAUGUCAAAUCCUAAUAAAGUCAAUAGACAAGGAAGGUGAUUUGGGUUGCUGCCUAUGUAGUGUGCUGCAAAUGAGCCAAUUGUGGUCUUGUUAGUUCGGAUACCUCCUCUAUACUGUAAAAAAAAUACUGGGUUCCACACAGUUCCUUCAGGUUAUCUCAACACAAAUUAAGUUUUACAAAUUUAAGUGGGUUGAACAUAAAACAAUUAAGUUGACGCCCCCCCCCAAAAACCUUUGUGUUUUCAACUCAAAUUGUUUAAACCAGCAGCAAAAGCAACUUUUUGAGUGUAUUGGCAGCGCAGCAGCUCACUAGGUUUUGGAACAGACCUAAAGUCUGUCACGAUAUACAGGUUUUGCCUUACAGUUGAGCUCUGGGUUGUUCAGACUCUGCAGGGGAGGGAAGCAGAGUUGUCUGGAUUGUAAGCAGUGAAGUUACUCUCCGCACUCUGAGUUUUUGAGCGAGCCGACAUGAGGAGAUGAUCGACAGCCCACCAGCAUGAUACUCAUGCCGGAAACAUCAUAUUAUUUUGCCCAGCCCGUCUGCAUCUGGAGAAAGGUGUCGGUGAUUACUGGAAAUACUUGAACACCCUACCUUUGGGUAAAAUACAGUAUCCAAAAGAAGUGUCAGUCGGGGUGAGGUGUGAUGGGAGAAGCUUCGACAUGACAAAAAGUCCUGUUUGGUGACCCCAUUUCAUCAUUUAUUUAUGUUUCUGCAGAGGAAAUAAAUAGCCUUAUUAAAAUAAAGAUGGCUUUAAAGCGAUCGUCUUCCAUGAAGACCCAGCUAGUGGAUGCCAUCCAGCUUGAAGAGGUGGAGAUGGAGGAAGAGAUCACCACCACAAGCAACAAUAACAAUCCUGUUGAUCCUGCUCAGGCCAAAGAGCUGAAAUUCUACACCGUUGAGGAGGCAGUGGAGAGCAUUGGUUUCGGACGUUUCCAUAUUCUGCUUUUUGUCAUCAUGGGUAGUGCCAAUAUAGUGGAAGCGAUGGAGAUCAUGUUGUUGGCUGUGGUUUCUCCUGAGAUCCGUUGCGAAUGGCAUCUGGAGGAUUGGCAGGUGGCCCUUGUCUCCACGAUGGUGUUCCUCGGUUUCAUGGUUUGUGGGGUUCUCUGUGGUUACAUUGCUGACAAAUAUGGACGCUGGAAGGUGGUGUUUGGUGGUUUUGUAUGGGCAUCAUAUUUCUCUUUUCUCACUUCGUUCUCUACAUCGUACGGCUGGUUCAUCUUUCUGCGAUGUAUGGUGGGCUGCGGAGUGGCGGCAACAUCCCAAGGGUUUGUUUUGAAGACUGAAUUCAUCCCGGCCAAAUACAGAGCAUACCUUUUGCCUCUUGCCUCAAUCUUCUGGAUGCUGGGAUCGAUGCUAAUUAUCGUUCUGGGUAUGACUGUGGUGCCCACGUUGGGCUGGCGCUGGAUGAUCCGAUUUUCCGUCAUCCCCAGCCUCAUAUUAAUCGGACUCUUCAUGUUUAUUCCCGAAUCCGCACGGUUCCAGGUCUCGGCAGGUAACAUUAAAGGCGCCAUGUCUACACUUAACCGGAUCGCCAAAAUGAAUAAUGGCAUUUUACCAGACGGUGAACUACGCGAACCUGAAGUGGCAGAAAGAGGAAAUGCCGUCACCCUAAUCAGCUCGGCCUUCAGGAGAACAUCGCUCCUGCUGUGGUAUUCAUGGUUUGUGGCCUCGUUUUCUUAUUACGGCUCCGUCCUGAGCAGCUCUGAGUUACUGGAGAAGAAUCUUCUGUGCGUGACAGAUCCCGAUCUGGAGCACCAGAUUAAACACAUCCAGGAAGAGGCGCUAUGCUACUGCAUCCCAUUUAACUCGGACGAUUACCAGACGCUCCUCAUAAGCUGUUUAGGGGAGGUGGCACUCAUUCCUCUUAAUAUCAUCCUGUUGAAUAUAGUAGGACGGAAGUACAGCAUGGUCAUUCUGCUGCUGCUCUCUGCCUUUUUCUUCAUGCUUGUCAAUAUUUGCACGACUAUGUUAGGCUUCACGAUCCUGCUCUUCCUCCUCCGCUCUGUGGUUUCAAUGAAUUUUAAUGUGGUUUACAUCUACACAGCAGAGGUUUAUCCUACAUCUGUGCGCUCAAUCGGAAUGGGCUUUUGCACAUCAUUUAGUCGAAUCGGAGGAAUGAUCGCACCUUUUAUUGCACAGGUGUUGAUGUCUAAGUCUGUGAUUUUGGCUUUAUCACCGUUCGCCACAGCGUGUGUCAUUUGUGCCGUAGGAGUUAUUUUCCUGCCCAUUGAGACCAGAGGACGAGCAUUAUUGCAAGAUGCCUGAAGUUCACCUAAUAGAGAUGAAGGACAAUUGCACUUUUGUAACAAAAAAUGAAUUAAUAUUAAAGCUGGAACCAUUUUUUAAGAAUUUCAAUGCUGCCUGUGUUACGUUCUUCAUUAUUUAUAACAAUUAAAAUAUAUAUAUAUUGUCAAA